GUCUUGAGCAGCUGCGGUAUCGCCAUGCACGUGAUGGCGCGCCCGGCGAGAGCUUAUCAAGCGUGGGAUUUCUUCGGAGGGGCCGACUUCUCUCGACCAAACCAUCCCACAGCAGAAAUUGUAAGUUGAAAACGCCCUUUGUCAUGCUCCCUCUUCCCCGGUUGGAUGAUGCACUAAAUAGCAUGUAUUACCUGAAAACAAUUUGAUGUAUUCUCAAAUCACCAAGAUCUCUGACAACCGACAUCAAUCCUUCUUCUCUUUGCAGUUUCUGUCAGUGUCAGAAGCUAACAGUCACGGUUGGAGCUAGAGUUAGGACAAUGACGCCGAAGCCUCCCAAAGGCCACUUCAACAUUCUGUACUUUGCCAGCGCCGGCUCGUACACAUCCAAGAAUGUCGAAGCCCUGCCUGCGCCGCUUCCCCUGAGGAAGCUUUUUAGCACACUAGAGGAGCGGUAUCAGGGCAUUCGGGCGAGUGUGCUGGACCACAGCCUGGUCACAAUCAAUCUGGCCUAUGCAGAUGUGCCAGAUGACAAGGCCCCUGAGGACAAGGAUGAAAUUGUGAUACAAGAAGGCGACGAGGUUGCCAUCAUUCCUCCAGUCAGCUCCGGGUGACACCACGCCCCAUACUAUGUAAUAACAAUACCACAACAUGACCAGACGCCUUACUAGCCCGUACCUGUGAUGACCACCUAAACUACUGUACCUAAUUCAAUGUUACGAAACUGACCCC